AUGUCCCGUAAACUCUCUAUUAACUUGGUCUAUGAAGCUAAAAACUAUGUUAUAGCUAACAAGCCACCAGGUGUAUUUUGUCAGCCUCCUGACCGUAAUGUGUGGUACAAUGCACAAUACAAAGAGCCACCGAUCUUACUGGAACUACUGAAGUCUCAAGCUUCAACUCGUGCUGCUGAGUGGCGGCCAGUGCAUAGGUUAGACACUAAUGUUACUGGAGGGGUUUUAGUAGCCAAAAACAAGAAUGCAGCGGCGAUGUUUUCACGACAUCUAAAAAAGGGCGGCAAUCAUGGUUAUAAGCUAACGCGAAGAUACGUCGCGCUUGUAGAAGGAAACACGGCAGAACUGCCUGACACAGGCGUGAUUAGUGAGAACGGGAGACUAAGCAAGUUCAAGAAAGCAGGCCUGCAUGUGCUGGUGCUGCAGCUCUGUACUGGCAAAAAACAUCAAAUUAGACAGCAGCUUUCUCAAUGCUUGAAGCUUCCUAUUUUAAACGAUUUAAAGUACGGCGGCCGCCAGAUCACUGGCGCUGGGCGCCAGAUUGCACUCCAUUCGGCGCUCAUCCAAGCCCAAGUGGGAGUUCAGGAGCAGAUCCAUCUGGUCCCUGUGAUGGAGAAGUGGAGAAAUUUGUGGUCAACAUACGUAGAUGAAGAAGGCCAUUUCUGCCCGCAGAUACGGCGUGUUUUGACGGAGAACUGGGGUUAA